AUGUCGACCAGAACGCCAUUGCCCACUGUGAAUGAGCGCGACACCGAGAACCAUACGUCUGUGGAUGGCUACCCUGACCCGCCGACCCCGCCCACCAAGUCUGGCAGUCGGCAGAGCCUCCCGCGAUGUCGUAACUCGGUGGCGUCCACUUCUGAUGAGCAGCCUCACAUUGGCAACUACAGACUGCUCAAGACCAUCGGCAAAGGCAACUUUGCCAAAGUGAAGCUUGCGCGUCAUGUUCUGACUGGACGAGAGGUUGCUGUAAAGAUUAUAGACAAGACACAGUUAAACCCCACCAGUCUACAAAAGCUCUUCCGUGAAGUGAGGAUUAUGAAGAUCUUGAAUCACCCUAAUAUAGUUAAAUUAUUUGAGGUCAUUGAGACUGAGAAGACGCUUUAUUUAAUAAUGGAGUACGCCAGUGGAGGUGAGGUAUUCGACUACUUGGUUGCACAUGGGAGAAUGAAGGAGAAGGAGGCAAGAGCAAAGUUUCGUCAGAUUGUCUCUGCAGUGCAGUACUGUCAUCAGAAGAGCAUAGUGCACAGGGACCUUAAGGCUGAGAACUUGCUCUUGGAUGCAGAUAUGAACAUAAAGAUCGCUGACUUUGGCUUCAGUAAUGAGUUCACCAUAGGCAGUAAGCUGGACACGUUCUGUGGCAGUCCUCCGUACGCUGCUCCAGAGCUCUUCCAGGGGAAGAAGUACGACGGCCCAGAGGUGGACGUCUGGAGCUUGGGGGUCAUCCUCUACACCCUCGUCAGUGGCUCGCUGCCUUUCGAUGGACAGAACUUAAAGGAACUCAGAGAGAGAGUGCUGAGAGGAAAGUACCGUAUUCCAUUCUACAUGUCCACAGACUGUGAAAACCUACUGAAAAAACUGCUCGUGCUGAACCCAGGCAAACGAGGCAGCCUAGAGCAAAUAAUGAAAGAUCGCUGGAUGAAUGUGGGUCACGAAGAGGAGGAACUGAAGCCCUACACAGAACCUGAGCCCGACUUCAGUGACACCAAACGGAUAGAGUUAAUGAUCACAAUGGGCUUUCCUAAGGAUGAGAUUACAGACUCAUUAGUGGGUCAGAAGUACGAUGAGGUUAUGGCCACUUACCUUCUUCUGGGCAGGAAACCUCCUGAGUUUGAAGGUAGCGAGUCCCUCUCCAGCACAAACCUCUGUCAGAGAUCACGACCCAGCAGUGACCUCAACAACAGUUCCACACACACCACUCAGUCACCAGCUCACUCUAAGGUCCAGCGAAGCAUAUCAGCUACACAGAAACAGCGUCGCUUUAGUGACCACGUUGCCCCUUCCAUACCUUCUGCAGUCUCCUACACCAAAAGGGCACAGGCUAACAGCGUGGAGAGCGAUAAAAAAGAGGAGUGGGACGCGUCGCGCAAACUGCCCUCCUCCAGCUCUAAAGGAGACAUGCCAGCGUCCCCACUGGUCGCCCAGGAACGCAGGAAGUCCUCCACAGCCUCAGGGAACAGCGCUGCAGGCGGGAUGAUGCGGAGGAACACGUAUGUGUGUGAACGCUCCAGCACUGAUCGUUACUCAGCCAUUCCCAAUGGCAAGGACAGCAGCCUGACUGAGAUGUCUGCGUCGGCCAGUGGAUCGUCCACGUCUCCGGGUGCUUCCUCCGCCCUGGCCUCCACACGGCCUCGUCACGUCAAGUCCAUGUCAGCCUCAGGCCACCCCAUUAAAUCCCCCCUCCCUCCCAUCGACGACAACACCGAGUAUAAGGGCUCCAGCUCUAGUUCCCGUGCCCCGGCGGCCUCUCCGUCUGCCCACAGUAUCAGCAGCGUGACCCCCGACCGAACUCGCUUCCCGCGUGGCAGCUCCAGCCGCAGCACCUUCCACGGUGCCCAGCUGCGCGACCGUCGCAGCGCCACCUACAACGGCCCUCCGGCCUCGCCCACGCUCUCCCACGACACGGGCGCCCUCGCUCAGGCUCGACGGGGCACCUCCACGGGCAUCAUCAGCAAGAUCACGUCCAAGUUUGUCCGCAGAAGUGGUUCGGGGGAACCGAAAGACGACUCCAAGCCUCGCUCGCUGCGCUUUACCUGGAGCAUGAAGACCACCUCCUCCAUGGAUCCCGGUGACAUGAUGCGAGAGAUCCGCAAGGUGCUAGACGCCAACAACUGCGACUACGAACAACGCGAACGCUUCCUGCUCUUCUGCGUCCACGGCGACGCGCGUCAGGACAGCCUGGUCCAAUGGGAAAUGGAGGUGUGCAAAUUGCCCCGCCUCUCACUCAACGGGGUGCGCUUUAAACGGAUCUCCGGUACUUCCAUCGCCUUUAAGAACAUCGCAUCCAAAAUUGCCAACGAGCUCAAACUAUGA